CAUUAUUCUAGCUACAAAUACCGAACCCUCUUCACAAUCCACCCAUCACCCCCUUUCUUUCCCCUAUUCUCACUUCACCUUUCUCAUUUCCUCUUUAUCUUCCCUGAAAGUAACCACACACCGUACUCAAACCCCCAUUUUUCUCCAAUCACACGAUCAAACUUGCAACUUUUCCAACUGUAAUCCCCUUCAAAACACACCACCGAAAAUGGUGGACGUUGACAGAAGAAUGACCGGCCUAAACCCCGCACACCUCGCCGGCCUCCGCCGCCUCUCCGCCAGAGCCGCCACAUCAUCACCGUCAACCCCACUUCCACCUCGCAACAGCCUCAUCUCCUUCACAUCCUUAUCCAACAAAGUCUUGACCCAUUUAAAAAACUCCGGUAUCCAAGUCCAACCCGGGUUAUCCGACAAAGAAUUCGCUAGAGCAGAAGCCGAAUUCGGGUUCGCAUUCCCACCCGAUCUUAAAGCCAUUCUCUCAGCCGGGUUGCCCGUCGGACCCGGUUUUCCAGACUGGCGGUCAACCGGGUCUGCCCGGCAACAACUACGAUCCACACUCGAACUCCCUAUAGCUUCCAUAUCUUUCCAUAUCGCGAGAAACGCAUUGUGGUCGAAAUCGUGGGGGGUUCGACCGGUCGAACCGGAAAAGGCUAUGAGGAUAGCGAGAAGUUUUUUAAAACGGGCACCGCUUUUGGUGCCCGUCUUUAACCACUGUUACAUUCCAUGUAAACCGACACUAGCUGGUAACCCGGUUUUUUACGUUGACGAAAACCAGAUAUUUUGUUGUGGGUUUGAUCUGUCUGAUUUUUUUGAUAGAGAAAAAUCUACAGUGUUUGUUAAGUGUAAUCCACAUCCACAAAAUGUAAUGAAACAAAAACAGAAGCAAGUUAGAGUUAACGGCAAUGGAAAAAGUAACGGAAUGUUGAGUAAUGUUUCACGGCGUAGUCUUGACGCCGUCUCUGGUGGGAGAGUUCCAAGAUGGGUGGAGUUUUGGAGUGAUGCUGCCGUUGACCACUGUAGAAGAAAGUCAAGCUCAUGUUGUUCAUCUUCAUCUUCAUCGUCACCAGACCGGUAUUUUGAAAUACCAAGAACCGGUGUGCCAAACUGGGUUGAUAAAUAUGUUCAAGAGAUCGGGUCGGUUUUGAAAGCGGGUGGGUGGGCUGAUUCGGAUGUGGUGGAUAUUGUUGACGUGGGUUCGUCCGGUUUUUUUGAUAGUGAGAUGGUGUUGCUGGAUAAUCAGGCUGUUCUUGAUGCGCUUCUUGUUAAGGCGAAUCGCUUGGCGGAGUCGCUCCAGAAAGCCGGGUGGAGCUCCGAAGAUGUUUCGGAUGCGUUCGGGUUUGAUUUUAGACCCGCGAAAGAGCGGAAACCGGUUAAUUUGUCGCCGGAGGUGUUGGCGAAGAUUGGAAGACUUGCGGAAUCUGUUUCGAAAUCUUGACGACCGGAGUUGCCGGUAACCGAUAGACACUUGAUUUUUUUUUUUUUUUUGGAAUAGAAAGAUGUAAAAUGUAUAAUUAUAUAAUAAAUUUCGUAUAAAGAGAAAGAGCCACUAAUUUAUACUAGUUA